GCCCUGCCCCGGCCGCUCGGCCCCGGGCGCUCCACGGCUGGCAGGCGGGGGGCUCGGCGGAGCGGGGCGGGCGCCGGGCCGUAAAACCCCCGCGCCGGGCGCUCCGCCGCCAGCCGGCUCCCUGGCCCCCGCUCCCGCCCCGCUCCCGCCGUUGGAUGCCGCUGCGGGGAGCCCCGCCUCGGGAGCCCCGCCAUGGCCGAGCCCCCGCCGCCGCUCUCCGGCCCGGCCCGGCUCAGCUACUCCCUGGGGCACUUCCUGAACGACCUGUGCGCCUCCAUGUGGUUCACCUACCUGCUGGUCUAUUUCCACGCCGUGCUGGGUUACAGCAGCACCCACGCGGGGACCCUGCUGCUCGUGGGCCAGGUGGCCGACGGGGUCUGCACGCCGCUGGUGGGCUACGAGUCCGACCGCUCGGCCGGCUGCGGGCGCUACGGCCGGCGGAAAUCCUGGCACCUCGUGGGGACUGUCUGCGUCCUGCUGUCCUUCCCCUUCAUAUUCAACCCCUGUCUGGGCUGCACGGAGGCCACGCCCCAGUGGGCCACGCUCAUCUACUAUAUCCCCUUCGUAGUCCUCUUCCAGUUUGGCUGGGCAGCCACCCAGAUCUCCCACCUGUCGCUCAUCCCCGAGCUGGUGACCACCGACCACGAGAAAGUGGAGCUCACAGCGUUCAGGUACGCCUUCACCGUCGCGGCCAACAUCACUGUGUAUGGCUUGGCCUGGCUGCUCCUGCACUUCCAGCUCGGACUCUCGGGGCCAAUGGAGCACCUGGGCGAGUCUGACAUCAGUGUCUUCCGGAACCUGUCCCUGAUCGUAGUGGCAGUGGGCGCUGUGUUCUCGCUCCUGUUCCACCUGGGCACCAAAGAGCGGCGCAACCCUCAGGCCAGGCUGCUCGAGCCCGAGGAGCACACGCCGCUGCUGAAGAAGGGGCACAAAAGCCCCCCACGCCCACUGCUGCUGUGGAAACACUGGCUGCGGGAGCCUGCCUUCUACCAGGUGGCGAUGCUGUACAUGGCCACGCGGCUGAUUGUCAACCUGUCCCAGACCUACAUCGCCAUGUACCUGACCAACUCGCUGAUGCUGCCCAAGAAAUUCAUCGCCACCAUCCCCCUGGUGAUGUACAUCAGCGGCUUCCUCUCCUCCUUCCUCAUGAAGCCCAUCAACAGGUGGAUCGGCCGAAAUCUGACCUACUUCAUGGGGUUACUCAUUAUCCUGGCCUUCGCCUCCUGGGUGGCCCUGGACAUCCAGCUGGGAGCAGAGAUUUAUGGAGCGGCUGUGCUGCUCGGGGCUGGCUCGGCCACCAUCUUGGUCACAUCCCUCUCCAUGACGGCUGACCUCAUUGGGAGCAACACGCACAGCGGAGCCUUCGUCUACGGGGCCAUGAGCUUCACGGACAAAGUGGCCAACGGGGUGGUGGUGAUGGCCAUCCAGAACUUGCAUCCGUGCCCAUGGCGUCUCGGUGCUGCCGCUGGCUGGGGCGGUGCUGGACGAGGCUGGCAGCGCAGAGGGAAGGAGCCGAAGCAGCACGGUCAACUGAGCUGGGCAUUCGCACUUGGAACCGGGACUGCGCCACUUGCACUUUCCGCCUGGGACGCGCCGAAGGAAGGGAGCCGGGGCAGGGCCAGUGCUGAGGUCGUGCAGCACGUCGGCCUGUUCCUUUGCAUCUCCCUCCUGCCACUUUGCACAGACUCUCCUUCCCCUGUCACUGUGUAACAUCACCCCCUGCUGGCAGCAGAGGCAAAUCCCAUGUCUUUGCAUGUGUCUAACCCUAGGACUUGCCGGGCGGCGGCACGAAUUGAAUCCACCCCAUGCACUGCGGGAAGGGGGCACUAUAGAAAACCUGUACGUUUUUAACACGUGUUGUGCAAUCUGUGUCUGUGAAAUAACACUUUUUUUAAGCGAGGACCAUCCUGAGUAAAGAGACAACAUUUUGAAGGACA